GUCACUUUCUAUAAUUUGACGGCGUCGCUCGCAUACCCUCAAUUGUUCAACAAUUGAUUUCGAGCCUUUAGGGUUCUUUACGUAGUCCCUUAUGGCGCCUCAAAAUCCUACGACCGUAUCAAUUCUAGGGAAAGAGGCCAUCAUUGUCGAAUAUGGACUCUGGCAAAAUUAUGUUGCAAACGAUCUCCUGACCAACAUAUCUUCCUCGACCUACGUCCUGAUCACAGACACCAACAUUGCUCCUCAGUAUGUACCCUCCUUUCAGCAAAGCUUUCAGCAACAGGCUGCAAAGCUUCCCUCGAACCCACGCCUCCUCACAUACACCAUAGCUCCCGGUGAGAGCUCAAAAUCACGGUCGACAAAAGCUGCUGUCGAGGACUGGCUUCUUGCGCAGGGAUGUGUUCGCGAUACGGUCAUAAUAGCGCUGGGCGGUGGUGUCAUUGGCGACAUGAUUGGGUAUGUCGCUGCCACAUAUAUGCGAGGAGUCCGCUUCGUACAAGUACCUACGACGCUACUGUCUAUGGUAGACUCGUCAAUAGGAGGAAAGACUGCAAUUGAUACACCAGCUGGGAAGAAUCUGAUUGGAGCUUUCUGGCAGCCGGAGCGGAUAUACAUCGACCUUCAAUUCCUGGAGACGCUACCGAAGAGAGAGUUCAUAAAUGGCAUGGCUGAGGUAGUAAAGACUGCAGCAAUCUGGGAUGAAGAGGCUUUUGCGGCCUUGGAAGAUAGCGCUGAUAUCAUCAUGAAGGCCAUCAGCAAUAAGCAAGCCAAGGGGAAGGGCAGGCUGGAAAGCAUUGCAGAUAUACUCAAGACACACGUGGUAGGCUCGGCCAAAGUCAAAGCCGACGUCGUCUCGGCGGAUGAGCGCGAAGGUGGCUUGCGCAAUCUUCUCAACUUUGGACACUCCAUAGGCCAUGCUAUGGAAGCUAUCUUGACCCCCCAGAUCCUGCACGGAGAAUGUGUUGCCAUUGGUAUGGUCAAAGAGGCUGAGCUGGCACGAUACCUUGGAGUUCUGUCCCCCGGAGCUGUUGCAAGACUGACCAAAUGCAUCGCGAGCUAUGGACUGCCUACAUCCCUUCAGGACAAGGUUGUCCGCAAACGGUCUGCGAAUAAGCACUGUGCUGUCGAUGAGCUCAUCCGAAUAAUGGCAGUCGACAAGAAGAACGAGGGUAAAAAUAAGAAAAUUGUUCUACUUUCCACCAUUGGGAAUACAUAUGAAAAGAAGGCGAGUGUGGUUGCAGACAAAGAUAUCCGGAUCGUGUUAUCACCAAGUAUCCGCGUGCACCCUGGCAUCAAAUCCACCCUCAAGGUUUCUUGCACGCCACCGGGAUCGAAAAGUGUCUCCAACCGAGUUCUAGUCAUGGCUGCGCUUGGUGUGGGAGAAUGCCGCAUCACAAAUCUUCUUCACUCAGAUGAUACUCAGGUCAUGUUGAAUGCUGUUGUCAAAUUGGGAGGUGCAACUUACCGAUGGGAAGACGACGGCAAGGUCCUAGUCGUUCACGGCAAUGGUGGAAAGCUCAAGGCCAGUCCAGAAGAGUUAUACUUGGGAAAUGCUGGUACAGCUUCUCGUUUCUUGACAACCGUAGCGACUCUUGCCGAGCCAUCUUCGGUUGAGGCCACUAUACUCACCGGAAAUGCUAGGAUGAAAGAGCGCCCCAUUGGACCUCUCGUGGACUCUCUGCAAGCCAAUGGCGUACAUGUUGAGUACGUCGAGAAAAAGGGCAGUCUACCGCUUAAUAUUACCGCUGCUGGUGGCUUCGCCGGUGGAGACAUUGAUCUGGCGGCGACUGUGUCCUCGCAAUACGUCUCAUCUCUGCUCAUGUGUGCCCCUUACGCAAAGCAGCCCGUCACACUUCGCCUCGUUGGAGGUAAACCCAUAUCACAGCUUUAUAUUGACAUGACCAUCGCCAUGAUGGCCUCUUUCGGCGUUGUCGUUGAGAAAUCUGCAUCUGAAGAAAAUACGUAUCAUAUCCCGAAGCAGACAUACACGAAUCCUCCCACGUAUGAAGUCGAGAGUGAUGCUAGCUCCGCCACAUAUCCAUUGGCUAUUGCUGCGAUCACAGGGACAACAUGCACUGUACCAAAUAUAGGGUCCAGCUCUUUACAAGGCGAUGCUCGAUUCGCGGUGGAUGUGCUGCGGCCGAUGGGGUGCACUGUUGAACAGACCGCUACAUCUACGACGGUGACAGGUCCCAAGCCCGGCCAUCUGAAGGCCCUGAAGGAGGUUGACAUGGAACCAAUGACUGACGCAUUCCUGACGGCUUCUGUGUUGGGCGCCGUUGCUUCUUCGAACGGCACAAAUCGGACAACGAGGAUCUACGGCAUUGCCAACCAGCGAGUCAAGGAAUGUAAUCGGAUAGCUGCCAUAAAAGAUGAGCUAGCCAAGUUUGGCGUCACCUGUCGAGAAUUUGACGACGGUAUUGAGAUAGACGGCCAAGACAUUCAGGCUCUCAAAGAGCCAGCAAAUGGUGUGCACUGUUAUGACGAUCACAGAGUCGCCAUGAGUUUCGCCGUACUUUCCCUAGUAACACCAUCGUCUGCUUUGAUCUUGGAGAGGGAAUGUACUGGCAAAACGUGGCCUGGCUACUGGGAUGUGUUGUCUGGAACAUUCGGGGCCCAGCUUGAAGGCGUAGAGCGUUCGAUAUCACAUCUGAAUGGGUUGACGAACGGUGUGACCUCACCGAAGAAGUCCAUCUUCAUCAUCGGUAUGCGAGGUGCGGGCAAAUCGACCACGGGUAUGUGGGCUUCUCAGGCGCUUGGGUGGCCUUUUGUUGAUCUGGAUACCGCCCUUGAGAGGCAUGUGGGUAUGACGAUACCUGAACUGAUCAAGGAUAAGGGGUGGGAGGGCUUCCGUGCAGACGAGUUCGACAUACUAAAGAAGGUCAUGAAAGAAAAACCGACUGGGCACAUUUUCGCUUGCGGAGGUGGCAUAGUUGAGACUCCGGAGGCACGUAAAGUCCUCGCACAGUAUCACAAAGAUGGAGGUAUCGUGUUGCUCAUCACACGAAACAUUCAAAAGGUGGUUGAAUAUCUGAAUGUCGACAAAACUCGACCUGCAUACGUGGAGGACAUUAUGGAAGUAUGGCUGCGGAGGAAGCCGUGGUUUUACGAAUGCAGCAACUAUCACUACCACAGUAAUACCGCACACGCUGAUGAUCUUGGGAGUACCUUGGAAGAUUUUGCACGUUUCAUGUCUUCUAUCAGUGGACAACAUUCGGCUCUGGAAGACAUCAAGCAAAAGGACCACUCCUUCUUCGUUUGUUUGUCCGUUCCUGAAGUGCGAUCGUGGACAGCUCGACUGCCAGACAUUGUAGUCGGCUCCGAUGCUGUGGAACUUCGUGUUGAUCUGCUGGAGGACCCUAAUAGCUCCGAUGGUAUUCCAUCUAUCGAGUUCGUGAUUGACCAGGUUGCACUUUUACGAUCCUCCGUGGCUAUUCCAAUCAUCUUCACGAUCCGGACAGUUUCUCAGGGCGGCAAGUUCCCCGACACAGCUCACGGACGAGCGCUUGAACUUUAUACAACCGCAAUUCGUCUUGGUCUUGAGUUUAUAGACCUGGAAAUGACGUGGCCCGACGAGAUCCUUCAACAGGUCGCUGAACAAAAGGGCUACUCACGCAUUAUCGCAUCUCACCACGAUCCUGUCAAGCAACUAUCAUGGUCGAACGGCUCUUGGAUUCCCGUCUACAACAAAGCGCUGCAAUAUGCCGACGUCAUCAAGCUGGUAGGUGUCGCCUCCAGUAUCGAAGAUAAUUACGCCCUCGCUUCCUUCAAGAAAUGGGCCGCCACAGCCCACCCCAUCCCCCUGAUUGCGAUCAACAUGGGUCUCCACGGCAAAUUCUCCCGCAUCAUAAAUGCCUUUAUGACUCCGGUUUCCCAUCCUCUCCUCCCCUCACAAACAGCGCCGGGCCAGAUGUCGGCGACUGAGAUUCGCUCCGCACUCUCCCUGAUGGGCGAGAUCGCGCCGAAGUCCUUCGCUGUCAUCGGUUCGCCUGUCGCUACAUCGCGCUCGCCGCCCAUGCACAACAAACUCUUCCGCGAAGCAGGCCUGCCUCACUCAUACACCUUUAUUGAGUCCACCGACGUCGCGGAGAUUCUCGACUACCUGCGCAGCCCCUCCUUUGGCGGUGCCAGCAUCACCAUGCCCAUGAAGCAGCUCCUGAUCCCCCACGUCGACGACUUGGGCCCUGAAGUCGCCGUCAUCGGUGCUUUGAACACCAUUGUGCCCGUCACAACUCGCGACGCUGCUGGGAAGUCCUCAACGCGCCUCGUGGGCCGCAAUACAGACUGGCAGGGCAUGACGCACGUCCUGCGCAGCGCAGGCGUGCGUGCGCGCCGCCGUAUGGACAGCAGCGGCAGCACAGGCAGUGCACGAGGCAGCAAGGGUGACAGCGCGCUGGUGAUCGGGGGCGGUGGCACGGCCCGCGCAGCUGUAUACGCACUGCAUGAUAUGGGUUUCGCACCGGUGUACCUAGUCGGCCGCACGCAGGCCAAGCUGCGAGAACUAGUGUCCGUGUUCCCGACAGAGUACGAUGUGCGCGUGGUGGCUGAUGUAGACGCUGUGGACGAACUGGAGCGUGUGCCGAGGGUGGCGAUUGGGACCAUCCCAGCAGACCAGCCGAUUGAUCAGGGGCUGAGAGAGGUACUGAGUGCGGUGUUCAAGAGGGCUGAUGAUGGUGAUGGCGAUGAAAGUGUUGGUGCGGCGAGGGCGGGCGAAAAGUGGUUGUUGGAAAUGACGUACAAGCCGCCUGUGACGGCAUUGAUGCAGCUGGCGACAGACGCCGGGUGGAAGACGGUGAAUGGGCUGGAGGUGCUUGUUGCCCAGGGCGUGUAUCAGUUCCGGAACUGGACGGGCAUCACGCCGGUGUACGAGGUCGCGCGGAACGCGGUCAUGUCGGCGGACUUGUAGAAAGACGCUACUGUUCACGAGGCACUUGUUUUGGCGUCCGCGGCAGGGGCGAAAAAGAAUUAUUGCUUGGCUUGAUGAUUGUGUUCAGGGGCUGGAUGAUGGUGAGGGACUGGGUCGGUCUGGCCGACGCGUUGUGUUGUAGCUGUGCACGGUAGGACACCACUGUCGGCAGUAUAUGUCCAUGGCCUCUUCCAUCGCUGGCUUGGUAUCUGUCUACCAUAUCCUCUAUACAUACAUAUACCUCUAAAAUCGUUUGGUUGUUCAUGUUCCCCCCCCCCUUUUCUACUCGAGAUCAAAGGACUGCGUGUAUAGUCGUGGCUAUAUCCUCGUGUCCGUCUUGGUGGCAAUGAUAUACAAUAUACCACCGCCAUGACCUUCUCCUUUUCUCCCACAUCCCUCUCCUUUUCUCCCAUAUCCCUCUCCUUCUCUCCCACACCUCCAAUUCCCCAACCCCCUC